AAGAAGAAGAAGAAGAAGGCGUUAAAGAAGAAGAAGGAGCUAAAGAAGUUGAAAAGGUUAAAGAAGAUGAAGAGGCUGAUGUCGAUGAUGGCGAAGAAGUUGAAGAAAAAGAUGAUGAUGAUGGUGAUGGGGAAGGAGAAGGAGAAGGAGAUAAAGAAGAAGGAGAAGAAGAUAAAGAAGCAGAAGAAGAAGAAGCAGAAGAAGAAGAAGAAGAAGAAGAAGAAGAAGAAGAAGAAGGAGAAGGAAGGAAGUCGUAG